GGAUUGGGAUUGGGAUUGGGCCGGGGGAACGACUCCACGCUGGCCCCGCAGGGAACCGCACGGCCGCACACAUGGGCAUGGCCUUGGCCCGCGACGGCAACGCCACCAUUGCGUGCGGGCCCGGCUUGAAGUGGGAAUGCAACCGCAACGUCCACGUCGGCGGCGUCUGCGCCGUGCUGGGCCCCGACCUGCGGCCGCAGGAGGUGCUGGAGCCCGGGUACCACGAGUGCGUGCCGAGCAUGGUGGACCUGGUGUUCCUGUUCGACGGCUCACGCAGCAUGACGGCCGCGCAGUUCGGCGCCAUCCGCGACUUCAUGGUGGAGGUGAUGGAGCAGCUGGGCAACAGCUCCUUCCGGUUCGGGGCGGUGCAGUUCUCGGAUUGGCCGGAGCCGAUCUUUUCACUGCGGGAUUUCGCACUGUGGGUCGCUAUGGGUCGCUAUGGGGCGCUAUGGGUCGCUAUGGGUCGCUAUGGGUCGCUGUGGGUCGCUAUGGGUC